AUGGUCAAAAGAGCACUUCCGAACGAGCGCUCCCCAGCUCGCUAUCCUGAAGAAGCCUUCCUACCGAAUCGUUGGAACCCACCUACAUCUCCAACCUAUCUCCCACCACCAAACCACGCAGGCCUCUCACGUCAGCCUUUCCAUUCUCGUGACCCUCCCGAAUACGGAUGGGGAGCUCGUUCAGCCCGUCCGCUGGAUACCACCAGCUCACCUGACACAUGGUUUCCGAACAACCGCGACAUGCCGAGACCGGCAGAAGGCUUCGCACGCUCUUCUAUUCUCGCCGGAUUGCCCAUGGCUGCAGCCGCUACCGUUUCUUAUGGCGUAGGACCACCAAUGGCUUCAGAUGUACCGCUUCUUGACUCAAGCAGGAGCUCGGACGAAGAAUGGAGAAGAUUUGAGGAUGACCGCGCAAUCCCACGCAAUGCACCGAUACCGUCAAUGAUGCACGCUUCCGCGCAUGCUCCUGCAUCUUUCCGCGAUCCACCACCGAUCACUCCUUCAGUCCAGCCUGCUCCCAGCGCUGCUGCUGCUCAGUCAGCAGAUCCUGAUCCUCCCCGAGCUAGAGUUGCAUGCACUUUCUGCCGAGCUCGCAAGUUGCGAUGCGAUGGAGCUACUCCCUGCAGACAUUGUGAGAGACGCAGCAUCGAUUGCGUCUAUGUGCCCAACAAAGGUAAAGCAAAAGGCUCGGCUCGCGCUCCUUCCAGUCCUGGCAAGGGCAAUCACGCCUCCCUCCCAAACGAUCAAAGCAAGAGCAAACAUGCCGAAAUGGCUCAUACAGGUGCGAGUGAACGCGAACGAGGCACGAAGCGGAGGGAGUCUUCGAAUACUUUUGAUGCCCACAAUGGCUCCUUCAGCGCCAGCGAUGCAAGUCAGACCGACUCUUCCAAACGCUUCAGGAAGUCGAGCGAUCAAGAGCGGCGAUACUCACCCGUUACUACUUCAGACCAGAGUCGUAGAUCGAGUGCGACAAGCGCUUCGAGUCCGAGCAGCAGCAUGCCUGGCUCCGACCUCGCCAUGAUACAGAACAACGAUGCGCCGAUACCCAUGGAACCAACCUUUGGCGGUCAAGAAGAUUGGUGGAAUCAACUGCUCGCCAUCUUUGGCAGGUCGAGAGCAACAUCGAUGCGCAUGGUCCGACAUCUUCUCACCCGUUUCGUUCAGUCCAACGCCGUCUUCUUUGGCCUCUUGCAUGCACCUACCCUGCUCAAUGUCGUCUCUGGCAGUCAUGGUUAUACCCACGGCGAUCCGGUCCUCUACCUCGCUGUUCUCGCCGUGUCUGCCUGCGACAUGCAUCAGGAUCGCAUCGCAGACGAAGGCACAGGAGACAUGCGCGCCGCCAACGAGGCUUCUCGAAGGCUCGCAUCACGUCUUUCCGACAUGGCCGCCAACUACCUCCAGACCUCGACCGCCCAUGGAUCGGCCCUGUCACCUUCGAUCGGUCAAGCUGCGAGUAUCUUGGCUCUCACACAGCCCGACGGCAGUACCGAACAGUCUAGCUUGAUCAGGCUCGCCGAGAACGUCGUCCGCAUUCUCAGACUGCACGAAAGGGUUUCGUCGCGAGAGCCCUUGCUGCAAGACAGCGAACCUGACUCGCCCUUGUAUUGGUCGAGACCCGUCACCUCGCAUUCUCCCGAGUCUGAAGUCAAGUACGAAUCCAUUGUCCGAUUGUGUUGGACGGGUAUUAGCCACCGCCUCCGCAAAUACAUCGCCAAACCAGACGAGGACUUCGGUGAUGUCGACCUGCCCGAAUAUAUCCUAGAGAUCCGACCCAUGGCCUUCUGGCAACCAAGUCUGCUGCCUUACAAGCUGCCACCUCCCUUCUUUCACUCUCAGGACCUUAUGAGGCGAUCCGCCCAUCUUUCUCGGCUUGCCGUGUCGUUAUCGAAGCUGCAAAAGAUCAAGGAGGUACCUGAGUCUAGCUCACCCACGCCAGAGAUGCUAAAGGAGGUCAAGGGGAUUCUGCGCGCUCUCGAUCGCCUGGAAAAGGCCUUUGUGCGCCAUCGUCCGCGCAGCGACGCCGAAAAGCAAAAUGUGCUCGGCAGGACACUGCAGAUGUUCUGUCGAAUGCAUGUCUGGGUGCGACUCACCAUUUGGCGCAAGUACCGACUCUGGACUUGGCCUGGAGUGAUUCUGAACAGCAUCAACGCGGUAGACACUGUCGUGCCAGAUGCAACGCAGGCAUCUUCUGCACAGGAACCACCGCAACAGCAGCAGCAGUCACAGACGCUAUUCCCUCUGCACCAUCCCACCAUCGAAUUCUGGCUCGGCAUCGUGCAGGAGAUGAUCACUGCUAUGCAGCAGGAUCUCGAUGCGCAUGUCAUCGAUCAAACGGCUCUACGCACGACCGUCUCCGACGUCGACACGCUUGUACGCCAUACCAUAUGCACUUUUGAUCUGAUCGAGGCCACGGCCAACACGCAGCCCCUGUUGGUCCAGAUUGACGCAGCUCUCAGCAUUCUCAAGCGUGUCCUCGCUUACGCCGCACUCAAUACCGCAUCGAACGGCCUCCAUAUCACUGACGAGAUCACGGAGAGGGUGCAGGCCGCCGAGGCGCGCCGUGCCAGCUACCAAAUCGCUGCUGCGGCUGCUGAUACAUUUGUGUCUCCACUCGACACAAGGAUAUCCGAUGGCGAUCUGUCGAUGGGAGAUCGCUCCACGCAUGUAAAUGAAGCGGCUCCCAUUCUGGCCUAA